AUGGCUGCAAACGUCGACUCACCACGUCGGUCCAGCCUCUUUGGCCUUUUCAAAAAGUCGAAAAAGGAGCGCUCCCAAUCUGUGGCACCCACAGAUGAUGACACAGGCCGUAAGAUGCUCGGCAAUCGAAGUCCCCGGCGUAGCCUUCAGCUGCCCGGCAAAGACAACUACGUGAUCGAGCACCGGUCAACGAAUCUCAGCAGUCUCUCUGGGCAUUCUGGUCUAAGGACAAUGCAAAGUCCGGAACAAUACAAGACUGAUUCGCAGACGGAGCCAGGCGAAUCAAUAGUGGCCAGAUUCACUGAGAGAACGUGGCAACAGGUAUACGCUUAUCUCAGUGAUGCAGAUCUGGCGGCCAUAUCCUUUUCUUGCAAAGCCUUCCACAGCCGACUUGGUACAGAACCAUUUCAGAAGCUGGCGGAUCCGGACAACCUGGCACAGCGAUACGACUUCCUACAGAGACUGGACAAGACAUUACCAGGACACCUGCUGUGCUUCGACUGCCAUAGGUACCAUAAGCGCAUCGCGCCUGGUGAAGAGAAGCUGGUACCGAUCAACGUCCAAAGCCCAGUCUACGACUGUCCAGAGGUUGGCAAUCCAAACAAGAUCAACCCUCGGAUACGCAUAACCUUCGAUCGUAUCAUGCCUUUGACGUUUGUCCAAAUGGCAAUGCGAGCCCAUCGCUUCGGAGCACCUUACGGUAUCACUAUGGACACGAUCUCAAGAAGAUACAAAGACAAGGUUGAUGACAGCACUUGGUCACACCAGACCAAGUUCGCAGUUGUUAAGGGUCACCUCUUGAUGCGCGUCAUGAGCUCAUGCUAUGCGCCGCCUGGACUCCCGCCAGCAGGCGAACGCCACCUUCUUUACUCACGCCAGAACUUCAUUCCCUUCUUCUCCGUCUGCCCACAUUGGCAGGACGGUGUGCUUAUGCCAAAUGUCAAGUGUGCUCUACGCCACAUUCCGAAGCCGUUGGAGGGCAGUGGCCUGAAUCGCGUAGCGCGAGAAACAAAGCUGCACUUCAACCCCGAAAAGCCCAUAGUCUCGCUUUGCCACAACUGCAAGCCGAUGCGCCGUUGUCCCGAGUGUCCUUCCGAAUACCUCAUCGAAAUACGCAUGACCGAGGACAAGGCUGAUCCGACGAAGCUCUUCAAGCAGACAUUGGUCGUCACACGCUGGAGCGAUCUAGGAGACGGGUCUUCGCCGUUCACACCGGAAUGGGAGGCACUCAAUGGCAAGCCGGGCUUUGACUCGGUGGAGGCUUUGGGCAAGCGGGCGGUGGCUGGACAGUUUGAGGCGGAGUUCAAUGGGGAUGUAAUUCCAAGUCAGAACAUGCUGAGCAUGAAUCCCGAGAAAAUGAAGUUGGGUGAGAAAGGACAUGAUUGGUAUUGA